UAUUUAUUACAUUAGAAUUCACUACUUUAUGACUACAACAAAAAGUGUCGAGCAUUUUUUGCAUCCAUCACUGAAGCGAGAGUGGCCAAAGUGAAAUUCAAUGCUUUUGUGACUUCCGACCGAAGCAAGAACUGCAGAAGGCAUUCCAAUGCACUUUCACACAUUUUCAAGAAGAUUAUGUCUUCCCCUCUUUCCAAAGAGCUAAGACAGGAGUAUGAUGUUUGAUCCAUGACAAUCCGGAAGGAUGAUGAAGUUCAGACUGUGCAAGGACAUUAUAAAGGUCAGCAAAUUGGCAACGUACUCAAAGUUUACAGGAAGAAAGAUGUCAUCUACAUUGAAUGGGUGCAACAGCAAAAGGCUAAUGGUACAUUUGUCCAUGUAGGCAUUCACCCCAGCGAAGUGGUUAUCACUAGGCUAAAAGUGGACAAAGACCAUAAAAAGAUCCAUGAACAGAAAGCCAAAUAUUGCGAAGUAGGAAAGAAAAAGGGCAAAUACAAGAAAGAAACAAUUGAGAAGAUACAGGAAUAAAUGAAUAUAUAUACAAACUUUCAUACAACUGCUAAAAUGAAAAAAGAGUGUUGAGCUAAGUUUAUCAACAAUUUCUAAUGUUUGGUUUUAAAAUGAAAUUGCUGUUUGUUAAAUUACUUUGUUGCUUACCAUUAUGUGCUCGCAAAUAAGCAUUAACAA